AUGGGGCUGGCCGCCAACGAGAUGAAGGCUGUCCUCUCCGUCGUAGCGCCGCUUGUGGAGGAGGGGGCCCGGGCUCCACUCCAUUUAGUUGCUAUUCUGGACCGGUCUGGCUCCAUGAGCGGGGAGAAGAUCCGCCUGGUGAAGCAAACCAUGAAGUUCAUGCUGCGCUACCUGUCCGCACGUGACUCUCUGGGAAUCGUCGAAUACGGCUCAGACGUGAAGGUGGCUGCGCCGCUGACAAAAUGCGACCAGGAUGGCCGGGCGAGGCUGGCAAAUGCGCUUGAGAAGAUCCAAAUCAGCGGACAGACAAACCUCUCUGGAGGCUUGCUCAAGGGUUUGGAGCUCCACAGGAACAAGCCGCGAGCCGCACUCUCCGAGGGCCAAGUGGUGCAGGUUGGCAACACUUACCAUCGCCUUACCCCGGCAGAGGCGGAGGCGCACCUGCAGCAGGGCCACUAUGGUGUCAGUGACCCGCCGCCCGGGGCAGAGCGUGUGCACGAGUGGACGAUGAUGCUCCGCUUUCCGGAAGAUACCCAGGGUCUGGUGAAUAAAGUCGUCUUCCAGCUUCAUGAGACCUUCGCCGAACCGGUGGUGGAGGUGGCCGCCCCUCCUUUCCAGAUCACACGCUUCGGUUGGGGCACUUUCGAGAUCCUCGCGGUUAUCCAUUUGCAGGAUGGGCGCGAGUUGAAGGUGACGCACACGCUUAGCUUCGACCGGCCGGAGACCUUCCGCACGUUGCUGCUGCCGUUGAAGCCUCCCCCCAGCUGCAGCUCAGGCUUCUGGGGCCUUGGCCUCUGUGGUGCGGCGCCUGAGGAGAUCGAGGAGGAGACAAUCGCUGAGGCUGUGGUUCGCUCCACUUUCCUCUUCACGGACGGCAUGGCCAACGAGGGCAUCCGGGACACAGCCGGCAUCUGCGCAGCAGCAACCAGCAUGCUCACGGAGCUCAGGAACUGCAAAAGCACCAUCUCCACCUUUGGCUUCGGCGCUGGUCACAAUGCGGAGAUGUUGCGUCGGUUGGCAGACACGGCUGAUGGCACCUACAGCCACGUGGAGACGGAGGACCAAAUUGCAGAAGCUUUCGGUGAAGCACUGGGAGGUCUGCUGUCGACUACGCACCAGAACGUCUCACUCUCGCUGGAGCUAGCGCCCGGAGUGGGCUUCCUUCGUGCCUUCACAGGCUUCCCCGUGGAGCCGCAAGACGGCCGCAUCAACGUGGAGCUCGGAGACCUUUACGCAGAGGAGCGCAGAGACAUACUGGUGGCCCUGAGCCUGCCGACGGUUCCCGAGGGCGCUGCGCAGCUCCAGGGUAUCGGUCGUUUGGAGGCACGCGGCUUCUCCGUGAUUGCCAAGCGCAGCGAACGCGACAUCAAGGCCAUGACAGUGGAACGCCGUGCAGACGCCAGGGCUGAUCUUCCGCGGGCGGAACAGGUGGAGCGCCACUGGAACCGCCAUGUGGCCAACGAGGCGUUGGAUGAGGCGCGUCGCACCGCCGAUCGCGGGAACUUGCAGCAAGCUCGGCAGAUCCUCGAGGACGCCUCGGCAACCUUGGGCGCUUCUCCGCUGGUGCAAAGCGGAGAUGCCGUGUGCCUGGGCCUCCUCAGCGAUCUCCGCGAGUGCAUGGCCGACCUUAACCAUCGCGAAGACUACAGGACGAGCAGACACUCCCAUAGUUCGCGGGGAGGGGGCUUGCAGCAGGAUUGCUUUUGCUGA